AUGGAAGGUUGUUCAGAUUCAGACGAAUACAAUUUAUAUGGACAAGAAACAAAGUUGUUGCCAAGAGAUGGCCUGUUGAAUAACAACGGGAGCACGUUUUCUUCGAAUGUGGAGUUCACAAUCAACUCAAUUAAUUCAAUAGUACAAGUUAGAUCACCGCCGCCACAUGUGAGUAGUAAUACUCUUAGGUCCUCCGGUCAAGUGAGCAGCCAAACUGAGAUUGAUGAAGUUGAAUUUUUGAAUAACUGCAGGGAUGCAGGGGUGGUUCACAUAUUGGGAAACACAGUUGUAAUAGCAAGGAGAGACUCAAAUUUCUUCAAGAAAUUAGCUGUUGAUUAUAUUUAUGCAUUUCUUAGGAAGAUUUGCAGGGAAAAUAGUGUGAUCUUCAAUGUUCCUCAUGAGAGUCUCUUAAAUGUUGGUCAGAUUUUCUCUGUAUAG